GUCAUCCCACAUGCCAUGAUCAUCCCAUCCAAUGCUGCCGAUCCAUGCCAUCCACAACAUCUCUCCCGCACCCAUCUCAAAUCCUUUAUAAGCCCACUGCAAUUCAUUCCGAAGGGCUGCAUUGAGGAAAUCGACAUGGAAGAAGAGGCCGAGUGGUCGAGAAAGGGGCGGAAGAAGGCUGACGCCGCCGUGAUGCUUGAGGGCUAUGUCAACAACAUCAAGCCUCCGGUGAUUUCCGGCGAAGGGGAGCCUGGGGUUUGUAGAACGAAGAGCCUGACCGACGAGGACCUGGAGGAUCUCAAGGGGUGCUGCGACCUGGGAUUCAGUUUCAGUUACAAGGAGAUCCCGGAGCUCUGCGACACGCUACCAGCGCUCGAGCUCUGCUAUUCUAUGAGCCAGAGGUUCCUCGAUGAGCAGCAGCAGUACCACUCCUCUGCGGACAACGCCGGCGGAGUGGCUUCACUGGUCACGCUUCCUCGUGUCGCGAAUUGGAAGAUUUCCAGCCCUGGUACCGCUCUCAUCGACUAGCUUCUGUUUUACUGGUGAUAAUCCUGAUGAAGUUAAAGCCAGGCUGAAAUACUGGGCACAAGCAGUGGCAUGCACUGUCAGAUUAUGCAGCUAGUGGGGAUUUCCUCCUCCAACCUGUUUGUAUAUUGCAACAUACUUAGAAUGUGAAUGUGAAAAAUUGAAGGUUGUCGAAAAUGUUGCUCUGUUAUAAAAUUUUCUUCUGAUGAAAAACGAGUAGUUACUUUUAUGAAUGAAGAAGAUGAAGAACGGAUUGAAUUGAAUUCCCUUUGGAGCUAAAGAGGCAGUAUGUGCUUUAACUUGAUGAUUUCUUGACUACUAUUCAUGAAAUGAAGAGCUUACAUGUUGAUGACCAUUGAUCUCUUCCAAUCUAUCGUUUACUUAUUCUAAUAAUAUUCAAGUUUCAAAGAAA